CGCGCUUGACGUGUAGGUUACGUUGAUGCUGUACGAGUGGUUACCAUCGUCCGCCCCCUGAACCAGCGUCCUAUCUAUAGCCCCAAAACCAGCACCCUCCGCCGGCCUCCUUCCACACGAAGCACCGGCCUCUCGACCCAGCCCGCCUGCGCUCAUGGACGCUCCGGCAGGAUGGCCAAGGGUUUGUCGGUGGUCCUGCUGCCGUGUAGCCACAACAGGUCGCCCAGUGGAUGAUUCCAACACAUCCCCGCCGCUGCAUCACCGCCUCCUCCUGGGCAGGAUGGAGGCUCCGCUGGAGGCUUGAUGUGGCCGAGGAGCGUCAGCGAUGUGCGUCGGACGUGGAAGGUUUGCCGCGCAUGUGCGCCUCAUAGCGAGGUGGUGCACACAGGUGUGGCGGUGGCGGGGGGCGGCGCCGGGCAGGAUGGAGAUACAAUGCCGCUGCCGCUACUACUUCCAGCACCCGUGGUCGCGCAUCCUGGUGGCCUACCUGGUCAUCUUCUUCAACUUCCUCCUCUUCGCCGAGGACCCCGUGUCCCAUAGUCAGACGGAGGCGCGCAUAGCGGUGGUGGGCCACUGCUUCUCCUUCCUCUUCAACAAGUACCCCGGGGGUGGCUGGAGCGUCCUCAAGGUGAUGAGCUGGAUCGUGGCCAUUUUCCUCGGCCUUCUGGCCGGGAAGUUCAUCUUCCACCGACAGCUCUUUGGUCGAUACCUGCGUCUGAAAAUGUUCCGCGAGGAUCACGGCUCCUGGAUGACCAUGUUCUUCAGCACCAUCCUGUCCCUCUGCAUCUUCUCCAACAUCUACAACCUCAUCCUGCUGAUGGCUGGGAACAUGGAGUCUCACAUGAUUACCGACCAGAUGGGCAUCAAGAACGAGGUCUUCAUGAAGUUAGCUGCAAUGGGCACCUGGAUGGGGGACUUUGUCACUGCAUGGAUGGUGACAGAUAUGAUGCUUCAGGAUAAGAAGUACCCAGAUUGGGGGAAAGCUGCCAGAAGGUUCUGGAAAAAAGGCAAUCAUAGGAUUGUCCUCUUCUGGACCGUGCUCUUCUCCCUGACGUCACUUGUGGUUCUGUUCAUCCUCACCAACUGGAUCAACUGGGACAGACUGAACCGAGGCUUCCUGCCCACCGAUGAGCUCUCCAGAGCCUUCCUGGCCUCCUUCAUCUUGGUCUUCGACCUCCUCAUUGUCAUGCAGGACUGGGAGUUCCCUCACUUUAUGGGUGACCUGGACUUGAAUCUGCCGGGAAUGUCCACCGCACAUAUGCAGUUGCAGCUUCCUUGUUGGAAGAAAAUAUUUAAAGAGGAGUAUCGCAUACACAUCACCGGCAAGUGGUUCAACUACGGCAUCAUCUUCCUGGUCCUCAUUUUGGACCUCAACAUGUGGAAGAACCAGAUCUUCUACUCGCCCUUCGAGUAUGGUCAGUAUGUGGGGCCCGGCGACAGGAUCUACAUCGUGUACGACGCUGACACGCUCAAUAAGCUCAACAUCAGCACGCUGACCUUUGCCUGGCGCUCCGACAAUGUGGAUCCUGCCACCAACCGCAGCUACACGGAGGGAGACUUGUUGAUGUACAGCCGCUACAUCGGCCACGGCAUGAACACCAAGUUCAUGGCCUUCAUCCCAACCCUGGGGGCGUUCGUCCUCUUCGGGUCGUUUAUCUCGUUGUUGGGGCGCUUCCAGAAAAGCGAGAACUUCCAAAACCAAAACAAGGACAAAAGCUAUAAGAGGAUCCAGAGGAAGUCCCCAUCGGCGUGCAGCAAGGAGAUGGGCGUCACCCCUGAGGAGACGGACGGCGCGGUGAUUAAUAGCCUCAAACCACUGGGGAUGCCCGUGCUGCUCUCGCCGGAUGCAACGAUUACGGCGGAAACCCGAGAGACGAACCCGAGCGUCGUGAUUGACAAUGCGGCACAGGAGGAACCGGACGUCUUUUCUGACCCCAACACACACACACACCUGAAUCCUGAUCUUUGACCUGAGAGACAUGUAGCAUUUCCUUGUCCCCUUCUAAGCAAACCUAUUCCGACUAUUAAUAGCGGUAAGGUUGGUAAGGUACUCGCCUUUCAUAAUUUCUCAACUACUUUGGUGCCUUUCAUCGAGGCCUGUUCUGGAUCCCUUGGCCCAUUCAGGAGGUGACAGUUGUGCCUUGAAAUUUCAUACACAGUCUAAUUAUGCUAGUGUAAUAAUACACAUGAAGAUGUCCUAUUUAUGACCUGCUGCAUUUAUAUUAUUGCAUCCUUCUACUUGGGUGUAAUCAUUUCCUAGACGUGUUUACUUAAAGCAACAAGACUUGAAAUCACUAAUAGUCCACACACGUCUUAAAUGUACUGUUUGUUACUAAAUAGAAGCAGACCCCUUUGCACUGGCAGAAGAACAGUCCAGAAUACAGUACAGGCCAAAAGUUUGAACACACCUUCUCCUUUAAUAGGUUUUAUUUAUUUUAGUGACUAUUUACAUUGUAGAUUGUCACUGAAGGCAUCAAAACUAUGAAUGAACACUAGUGGGGUUAUGUACUUAACAAAAAAAGGUGAAAUAACUGAAAACAUGUUUUAUAUUCUAGUUCAGUGGUUCUUAACCUGGGUUCGAUCGAACCCAAGGGGUUCGGUGAGUCGGGCUCAGGGGUUUGACGGAGGUCAAGACACACCCGACUCAUCGUGUAAACAAAAACUUCUCCCUAUCGGCGUAUUACGGAUACGGCAACAGUAGAAGUCACACUGAUUUGCAGGUGUGUACUUUGUUGUGAGUUUAUGCACUGUGUGGGUUUUGUUCUUUGAACAAGGUGAUGUUCAUGCACGGUUCAUUUUGUGCACCAGUAAAAAAACAUGGUAACACUUUAGUAUGGGGAACAUAUUCACCAUUAAUUAGUUGCUUAUUAACGUAUAAAUUAGUAACAUAUUGGCUCUUAACUAGUCAUUAUUAAGUACUUAUUAAUGCCUUAUUCGGCAUGGCCUUAUUAUAAGCCUAACCCUCUAAUUGGCCCUAACCCUCUAACCCUAACCCUACCUAAAUAACUCUAAAUUAAGUCUUUGUUACUUAGAAUAUGUUCCCGUAGUGUCCAAAAAACUCUAAAUUAAAUAUGUGUUACUUAGAAUAUGUUCCCCAUACUAAAGUGUUACCAAAAACAUAAAAUUUGUCUUGAAUUUGAAAAAAAAAUGUUUUUAAAUAUUUUUCACUAAAGAUGCGAAUUUUUAAAUUUCACUAAAGGGAAACUGGUGGGGUUCGGUACCUCCAACAAGGUUAAGAACCACUGAUAUAGUUCCUUCAAAAUAGCCACCCUUUGCUCCGAUUACUGUUUUGCACUCACCUGAAAUGGUUUUCACUUCACAGGUGUGCUUUAUCAGGGUUGAUUAGUGGAAUUUAUUGCUUUACCUUUGGGUUUGGGACCAUCAGUUGUGUUGUGAAUGAGAAGGUGUGUCCAAACUUUUGGACAGUACUGUAUAUGAAAGUCAAUGAAAAGAGAGACCUGUCACCCUACAACUUGAUCAGUAAAAUUUUGGUAGUAAUUCAAAAGUGUUUUUUUUAUACAUGAACUCUUUUAAUGUAAUAGAGAUGAAAAUGACUUAACAACAUUCCAACGAGUCAGGAUAAGGUUGAAAACUGACACAUUUUUUCCAAAAGCGUUCUUUCGAUUAUCGCAGGUGUUACCAUAGAUCAGGGGUGCCCAUUACGUCGAUCGCGAGCUACCGGUCGAUGGCGGAGGGUGUGUCAGUCGAUCACCAGCCAGGCUUUAAAAAAAUAGACCAAAAAAUUAGCGAUCAUCAAUCCUCACAAAGACGUCACUUUCGUCACUUGAUUGACAUUCACGGCACCUGAGGGUCUUGUGAGAUGACGCUGGCUGCUGCCAGAUCAUUAAUAAUAAAAAAUGACCGACAGGAAGGCGAGAAACACUUUUUAUUUGAACAGACUCUUGUGCCGUACCUGCCGUCAAAACUCUAAAGACCGACUGCACAGUUCCUGUCUUCUCGAUAAAAGCGCUGCUCCAUCCUGCCUGCGCUAACAAAAUAAAUGUCUCAGAAAGCUGGCGUGCACAAGCUAGCAAGCUACGGAGUUUGCCGUCAAUGUAUUUUUUGUAAAGUGUAUAAAAAGGAGUAUGGAAGCUGAACAAAUAAGAUCCCAAAAACCAACCACUUUUAUGUGGUAUUGGACAGAAAGGAGGACUUUUUUUCUCCUCCAUUUAAAAAUGUGGACGUUCUCAGCAAUCAAUGCAAGUCAUCAGAAUCAGGUAAUACACCAACUUAUAUUCUUGUCUUCAUGAAAGAAAGGGAUCUAUAUGUUAAACAUGCUUGUAUUAUCAUUUAACACCUUUAACUUGUUACCAAAAACCUCUCUAUCAUAAAUAGAUAUAAAUUAUAUAUAUGAAUGAGGUAGAUCCCCUCGACUUGGUCAAUUGAAAAGUAGGCAGAAAAAGUGUGGGCACCCCUGUGUUGGAUGAAUUUCCAGUAAGUAGGCACGCGAUUGAAUUUAUGAGAACUCUUUAUGAUCCCUACACACACGUAUAAACACGUCAUACACUAUAAGGCAUUCUUCAUUUUAACAUGAAAAGGUAAAUGCGUACUCAAAUCUCAAAAAUCUGUGAUGCACUGAAAGCGUAGUACGUUAACUGCAAGGGAGCGCUGUAUAAAAUGAACACACGUACAAAAUAUUAUUUUAAAAUGCCUAAAGGGGAACUGCAUUUUUGGGGGGAUUAUUGUUCAUCAUUCACAAUCCUUAUGUGAGACAAGAACAGUUUUGUGCAUUUUAAAUCGUAAAUAAAACUCCAGCAAGAGGUGGCUAACAAUGAAGGUAAUCUAUUCUGCCUAUAAAGCCAGCUAAAAAACAUCCAAUAAUCUUCAGCGUUUUUGUAAUAUACUGUAUAUGUAAUGUAGUAU